ACAUGGACAUCUUGGAUGACGUUGGGAUGGCCGCCUCCACGCCUGUGUCUUUGGACAAGAUGGCCGCCUCCACGCCGGUGUCUUUGGACAAGAUGGCCGUCUCCACGCCUGUGUCUUUGGACAAGAUGGCCGCCUCCACACCUGUGUCUUUGGACAAGAUGGCCGCCUCCACACCUGUGUCUUUGGACAAGAUGGCCAUCUCCACGCCGGUGUCUUUGGACAAGAUGGCCGCCUCCACGCCUGUGUCUUUGGACAAGAUGGCCGCCUCCACGCCUGUGUCUUUGGACAAGAUGGCCGCCUCCACGCCUGUGUCUUUGGACAAGAUGGCCAUCUCCACGCCGGUGUCUUUGGACAAGAUGGCCGCCUCCACGCCUGUGUUUCAACCAAGAUGGCUGCUGCCACGUGAGCCUUCAACCAAGAUGGCCGCUGCAAUGCCUGAGUCCAACGAGGUUGACAUUUCUUGUUCUUAGUGAUUUUUUUUAUUUAGCUUAGAUAGUAGCAUAGCAUACAGCUAUCUGAAAUAAUGUUUUUUUUCACCAUCUAAGACAUUUUUCAAUAAAAGAACAUUGAUAACAAAUAUGAUACAAGCAUAAUUCUGUUUAAGAAUGAAUUAUGACAUGACAUGCUUGUAAUUAAAAAAUAUAUAUUAUGCCUUAUUGCUUAAUAACAAUUGACAAUGUCGCCAAACAUACCUGCGCCCUGUGACCCUGUAAUUGUUUGGACUGAUUACCCUGUGUUUAUGAUCUCUGGCCUGUUUCUGGAUUACCCUCUGUUCAAUAAAACUGCAUUUGGAUCCUCAACCUUCGUGUCUCAGAGCAGUGCGUGACAAAAACAUUUA